CCACCUCAGCAUCAUCAAUUCUAGUUCUUACAACUCAGAAAAUGGAGAAAAACUGCGAUUUGGAACUUCGUCUCUUUCCAACAUCUUCUUAUGACGAGCCAGAUACCUCUGUGAUAGAAUCAAGAAGCUCUGGAAAUUCACUACAAAAGGAAGAAGAAUCUCAGAGGAUAACAAUUUUCUACAAUGGAAAAAUGUGUGUUUCUUCGAAUGUUACCCAUCUUCAGGCUAAAUCUAUAAUAUCGAUCGCGAGUAGAGAAAUGGAAAAGAGGUCCUCCUCAAACGGGUCGGAUCCUCGGAACAGGUUGAGCCGAUUACAUCAUCAUGAGCUUCCAAAUCCAAAGGCUUCUAUGAAAAGAUCUCUCCAAAGUUUUCUUCACAAACGGAGGAAUCGAAUUCAAGCAGCUUCACCUUACAAUCAGCAUUCACGACGAUAGUGUUUUAUUUUGGUUUUCAGUUUUUAUUUGACAUACUUUAGCAGUUUUAUGUUUAAUGCAAGUGAUCCGAAAAGAAAGUUAGCUGUAUUAUGUUUAUCAUUUACUCCCAACACAAAUACACAAAUUAAUCCCAAGAUUUUGAAUAUGAUUUUACAUUAGGACAACUUUAGUAUUUUCUGUUGAAAUGUAAAAUAUUUUUUUUUUAAACAUUCAUUUCA